CGCUCUCGUACUCCUCCUCUUCGUUCCGAAUCGCGUGGCGAGGACGGAGGAGGCCCCGCUGCCCGACUGACCGUCCUCGGCGCCUCUUAUACCUUUACUCCGGUCUGCGCGUUCUUCAGGGAACGUACGUGCCCGUUUCACGUUCCACUCGAGAGAGCGCGAUACAUAUACCCCCCUUUUAUAAAGUACGUAUACACAAACGGCUAACAAACGGACAUUGUCGACCCAAUUGUCAGUGGUGCAUCGCGAUACCUCCAAGAUAGCUGAGCCGAGCUAAGGGCUCGUUCACCAAUAGCCGUCGACAGUUUUCAAGACCGUUCACCGUUCAUACGAUCGUUUAUCUCGACAUACGGGCGACAAGUUCAGGCAAGACAGUGAUAUGGCACAACUGAUCAGCGUCAAGCUGUCCAGGUUCGAUGGAUCCCCCUGGGGUUUCCGUUUGCAAGGCGGCAAGGAUUUUGGCACACCGCUCAUCGUCCAAAAGGUUAACAGUGGUUCUCCGGCGGAAGCUGCCGGUCUUAAAGCUGGCGAUGCGGUUAUUAGAGUCAACACCACUGACAUGUACAAUUUGAGGCACAAGGACGCGCAGGAUGUCAUAGUCAAGGCCGGAAAUAAUUUCGAAAUAACUGUCCAAAGAGGCGGUAGUACCUGGAAACCGCAUGUGACGCCUGCAACCACAAGUUUACCGUCUCCGAUGCACACCGCACCCGCGGGUAACAUCACGCCAGUCACAAAGACUUCUUUGGCAGUGAAAAAACAGGACGGACCUCUCAUCGGCAGCGGACACAAUUUCAGCCCCAAGCCAUUCCUGAACGGCACCGGCGACGGUCCAAUUAAGUCCAUCGUGAACAAACAGUACAACAGCCCCGUGGGGAUCUACAGCGAGGAAACAAUCGCGGAGACACUGUCCGCUCAAGCAGAGGUCCUUGCCGGAGGUGUCCUUGGGGUAAAUUUCAAAAAGAAUGAGAAGAAUUACAAUGCUGAGAACAGCGAGGUUUUCAAAAUGGUCCAAGAAGCGGACAAGGAACCAAAGACCCCAGAACCUGUUCCUUCAAGGACAGAAUUUUACUCCUCGGUGAGCCACGCGGUUGGCGGAAGGGCCACUUCACCGAGGUCACCUACGCCUCUGUUUCAUGCUAUGGGUGGUGGUGGUAGCGCACCUGCCGAUAGCAGGCACUUUGUAUGGAGAGACGAAUCGUACGGGAAGAAUCGAGAACCACAACCGCAAAAGCAGGAAUCUUCUGCCGGGUCGGGCUCGUCGACACCGGGCGGGAUCGUUUGUAGCAACUGCGACCGAGUGAUCGUAGGUGUCUUCGUCAGGAUCAAGGACAAGAACCUCCACGUGGAAUGCUUCAAGUGCUCAACUUGUGGCACAUCCCUAAAGAAUGUCGGUUACUACAAUAUCAACAAUAAAUUAUACUGCGAUAUUCACGCGAAACUCGUCGCUAGGCAAAAUGCUCCGGCUGGUCUUGUACCUCUUACUAUACCACCAGGUGGCAAAGCACCAGCUAGUACCAUUAGCGCGGCAUUGGCGAGUGCACCUUUAUCGCCACCCCUCAGCAAUCAUGGAUCGUCGCCUCAGCCAUUCUCCGCGUGCAAUCGUACGAGCCCCGAGUCCGGAUUUCAGCAUACGUGGCGAUCAACUUCGAAUACGAAUGGAUGCAUCAAGAAUGGUGAAUGCAACGGCGAGUCGAAAACGUUCACGAGUACGAUCACCAUCCAAACAGGUGGCACAGAGCCCACCACCCGUUUUGGCAUCCCGCCCGUCGAUUCACCGAGCUUACGAUCAGUCCAGGCACCAACGAGCAACAAUCUCGUUGGUCCUAAGCCCUUCGGUGGAUCGAGUGGAGGUUUCUCAUCGAAUUUGUCUCCGACUCCGACAUUGAAUUCCGGAAGCAAUAUCUUGCCACGUCCUCAAAGCCAGACUGUGACAGGUCGGUACUCUACCCUGCCAAAGCCAAAAAGUUCGCCUUUCAGAGGUACGACGAAUAGAUUAGAGCCGUCGUUUGCAUAUUUAAAAUUUAAAAUACAUAUAUACUUUUAUAUAUUCGGAAAGAGACCACGGGCGCGCACGGUUCAUCGUGCUUCUUACUUACUGCAAAUUUCUCUGUUUUUUUGUCUGUUCUUUCUAACGUACCCUGACAAAUCUAAUCACUUAUCCUCUCGAACGUGUGUAUUAUACACUUUUUGUGUGUCGUGUUUUCUCUUCCCUGCAAUUCCGGCGAGUUAUCUUUAUCGCUUACCGCCAUCCCCAUUUGCCAUCUCAGAAACCUCCAACAGCGAGACUUACGAAAGAUCCUAUUAUCACGAGGUCGUAGAAAACACGAAAGAUCAGUCCUCCCAUUCCGGCUCCGUAAGAUCCCGUCGGAGCCUCCUUUGGCCACCUCCGAAAUCUAUCGAAGAUAUUACAUAUCCCACUGCCAGUCCUCUAUAUAUCAAUCCGAAUCCUAUUCUCGAUAAAAGGUGCUAUCAAAUCAAAGAGAAACGCGCUAGUAUUGAGGCUUGCGAGCGAGCUUUGAGCCGUAGAACCGAGAGACAUCGAAGCGAAAGCAUCGAUCGAGAGGUCGAAAGGGUAUUGAGAGAAAACGGUCAUCAGCACGAAACUGACGUGAUGGAGCGACUGAGUUGUCCUGGACAGCCAGUAUAUCGGCGUAUCGAGCUGUGGGACACCAAUAGAACCUCUCGAUCGGAUAUGACAACCUCGAGGCCAAGUUCAACUGAUAGCGUCCGAAGGUCGCUGACACCCACCAGAAUCGUUCAACCGAUUCCAAAACCGUGGACUGCGACCGUCAGCAGCGGAGGUACCAAUCUCUAUCAGCAGAGUUAUGCAAUAUCGGCACAACAAGAACAGCCUGCAGGACAAAUUUACAAGAAAUUCACGCAGCGGGAAGUUUGUCAAGAACGUAUAUCGGGCAGCAAGGAACAUCGGGAAGAACAACGAGCUUACAGAACAGAGAUCUGUCGAAGGGAGCAAAUCUGCCCGAAACCGCCCUUACCCACACCUAAGCAAGAGCCAGCAGAGACGGUUAAAGAAAUAGACACUGAGGUAACCAAUCUAAGAGGUGACGAGACGGAUGAAGGGGAAGUUUCAAAAGGUAUUCAGGGUGAACAUGAUCUGAUCACCGAGACGGCCGAAGAGACGGUGGACGGUAUGCACACGAAGCAAUCGGCAACUUUUGAAAAGACUGUGGAGAGGAUAUCAUCGCCGAUGGAGAAAUAUAAUAUUCCUAUGAUAGAGAAAGCGGAAGACAAGAUGGAGUCUCAGUGUUUCGCGAGAAGAACUGAAAAAUACAUCGAUCGAAAGGUGGAAGACACAACGGAACGAACUGUGGAGAAGUCCGCUGAGAUGGUUACGUCGGCUAUUGACGCUCAGCAGAUGUUGGAAAAAGCAAAGCAAGAGGAAGAGGAAAGAAAGAAAAAAGAAGAAGAAGAAGAGCGAAAAAAGGAAGAAGAAGAAAGAAGAAAGCGUGAGGAAGAAGAACAAAGACGUCAAGAAGAAGAAGAAAAGAGGAAACGAGAAGAAGAGGAGAAGAAUAAAAAGCAUGUGACUUUCAGCGCAGAGGAUGAAGAGAUUGAAGAAGUGCGAGAGCAGCCGCUGGGCAGAACUGUCGUACGAGAAGAACGCAUUACAGAGUCAGACGGAUCUACUCCAGGACGUUGCAAAAUCACAAAAGAGACAUACGAAGAGAUUACUGAAGAAGUGCUGGUUCAGGAACGCGUCAGAAAAAGAGGAGCCGUAGAAGACGAACGUAGAAAGAGUUUGCGUGAGCAAGUAGAGGUUCAUCAAAGUCUUCGAGAUCAACAGGCGCCGGAGAGACGAAAUGUUGUCGCGAGAUAUGGACAGCAAUCUCAAGAGACCAUGGAAUCUUGUAAGAAAAAGGUGCAAUUCUUGAAAGAGACGGAGACGGGGCCGAAACCUCUGUCUGACACGCCUGUAAAAAAUUCCACACCCAAGGAGUGGAAAUCCGAGAUGGUGAACGCCUUGACAACUGCAUCUGAUCGUCCUUACACGCCGCUGAAUGCCACUUCCAGCGUAAAAGAAUUAUAUACCGAAGAAACCAUCUACCUAGACCACAGAUGUCGCCCUAAGACACCGCCGCCCAAAAAGGAGAUCCGACCAAUUUCACCUUUCCAGCAAGCGUUAACGAUAGCGCCUGAACGAUCCUACACUCCUCUGAGUCGUGAAAUCGGACCAGAAGAUCAACAAAUUGCUACUAGAUCGCAGACUCCAAGUCUUCAGUUACAAAAUGGAGAAUACUGCCCACCGUUAGGUAUUCUAUACGGUAAAGAGAGUACAACGGGGGAAUCUUACGCGCGAGAACAGAUAUAUAUGAAGAAAGAAGUCAAGGAAUCGAGACCGCGACCUUUACCUACUCCGCCACCUGAUUAUCGUCUGAGAGACUCUUCAGCAUCACCUGCUGCGAGACCAGAAAUUCUCAAAUCAUCUAAAUCUUUUACAGCUUGUCUAAAAAAGCCAGACGCCAUACCGGCCUAUCAGAAGAAUUUAGUGGCGAUGAAGAAAGGACCUGUAGAGGGUCAGCCAUUCAUUCCCAGUAGAACACCUACUCCAACGCCUCGCAGAUCUAAGUCACCUGCUCAAGGACCGCCCGAGCCACCAGCGUGUUACGUAAAAACUCGAGCCCCAAGAAUUCGAGAGGAUCCACCACCAUCGAAACGCGGUGGAGUACAUUUUCCUUCGCGUAAGACCAUCUCUUACCAUGUAGAGGAAGAUACUGAUAGUGGUCACAGGAAGCAGGAAUAUUCUGCUUCGAGGACUGUCAACUACGAUGAGAAGGAGACCAGCAGUCUCAAAGCAGGUCCGACGGAGGCACUUUAUGCCCAGUUCCAGGAAACACGGUGUAUGACAAGUGAAGAAAUUAGCGAGCAGAAAAAUAUUGCGACUCACGUAAAGAAAGCGCUUCAAGUACUCGAAGAUUACGAGAAAUGUCAGCAAAAAGAGAUAUUACCAGUGGCAUCAUCACCGCAAAAGCCGAAACCAAGCACCUGUGCCAUAAAUAAGGUGAGCCAUACGAAGCCCACUUUAUCAUGUCCUAUGAUAUCAUCUGCGCCAGUUAGACCAACCUAUAGUAGUUCCACCGAAGUGCGACAUGUGCGAUAUGAGACUCCUUCACCGAAACCUUGUCCGGAAACAGGAGUGACCGUUCUACCUUGCAAAGCAUAUUCUAAUCAGGGAAUCAAAGCCGGCAUCGUCGUAGUGCCCUGCGAUGAUUCUCAGACCUGUUCUAGAUCCGGAAUCUGCGUGACAGCCACGAAAGAUCAAUCAGGCGUGUGCGUGUCGCCUUCGUUCGGUAUGCGAUCCGGUAUCUGUGGUCAACCAUCAGGUACUUGCGGUCGCGAAUCCAGUUGCGAUUUCAAUAUCUCCAACUGUCCAAGUUCUGACAUCUGCGUAACUCCGUGUGCCGAUGGUUCUGUUUGCGUGGCACCUUGCAAAAAACUUGGUCCGAAUCAAUCCAAGGCAAAUCUUCCCUUCCCUCAAAUCCCGCUUCCCUAUGAAGAAAUUCCCCCAUCAGCUCCUCAAUGUUCAGUUCCUAGCUUCAAACCUCGCACUAACUUAAGUGGUCAGCUUGCCCGAUUGACCGCCAAGAACGGCCAAUCAAACGGGCCUAUGGUACAGCUUUACAAAUCGAUCCAGACCGAACCGAUUCAGACUCAGACUCUUCAGCCCCAGAGUUACACCGAAGACACUUAUUAUCACACUCAGAGCUACCGCGAAACCCACUGCGAAUCCGGCAAUCAUUGCCAGAACACUCAGAACCGCUGCCAAGACCAGAUCCAUUGUGAUCCCCUUAGUGAAACCCAGAAUUUAGUAGACCCACCAAAUUUGUCGUCCCACCCGGAUCUAGGUACUGGAAUCGGUGGCCUCGGCAGCGCGGGUUCUAAGACUGGAUCGUUCGCUGGUAGCAGUGCACCCAAACGUGGACGGGGUAUCCUGAAUCAGGCUGUCGGAGCGGGAUCGCGUAUACCCCUGUGCGCUCACUGCAACUCAUAUGUCAGAGGGCCUUUCAUCACCGCUUUGGGCCAAAUUUGGUGCCCCGAUCAUUUUGUCUGCGUUAACGCCCAAUGCCGUCGUCCUCUUCAAGACAUCGGCUUCGUUGAGGAAAAAGGACAACUCUAUUGCGAAUAUUGUUUCGAGAAAUUUAUUGCUCCUACGUGUAACAAGUGCAACAACAAAAUCAAGGGCGAUUGCUUGAACGCGAUUGGAAAGCACUUCCACCCUGAAUGCUUCAACUGUGCUUAUUGUGGCAAACUCUUUGGUAACAGUCCGUUCUUCUUGGAGGAAGGAUUGCCUUAUUGCGAAGCUGAUUGGAACGAGCUGUUUACCACGAAAUGCUUUGCGUGUGGAUUCCCAGUCGAGGUUGGCGACCGUUGGGUGGAAGCUCUAAACAACAACUAUCACAGCCAGUGCUUCAACUGCACGAUGUGUAAGAAGAAUCUCGAGGGCCAAAGUUUUUAUGCGAAAGGCGGUCGUCCUUUUUGCAAAAAUCACGCACGUUAAAAUAAUCCUCGACUAUCGAUGGGAUGACAAGAGGAGAAAAAAUAGGAAAGAGCAAAGAAAUGAAGGGAAAGUGCAACGAAAGAAAGAAGCAUACAAUGUUAAUGCAUCAAUUACUUUAUCGUGAUUAUUUUUUUUCUGUGUCUUCGAUCAAAAUCACUUUAACUAACCCUUUGUUAAAUCCACAAGCGAUCCUUCGUAUAGCUACAAAAAUACAGGAUUAAUUAAGGGUGAUUUUGACAACGAAACUUCUUUAUCACUGAGUCUAAUAAUAAAUCGCAAUAUCAGUAAAUGAACGAAAAAUGUGACUAUAUUUAUAGAAUAGAUACAUCAUAAAAUAUAAAGUAAUAAAAAUAGAAUUUUAAAAAGC